GCCUGGCUCCUGCCUCAGUUCUCUCCGGGCUCUUUUCUCGACAUGUCCCUGCUGAGAGGCACUCGGUUCCCGGCGGCGGCGGCUGGGAGGAAGCCGUCCAAGGCCCGAAGGAAAAAGCCGCCGGUCAAGCAGGAGUGGGACGGCACUGUUCACGAUCUCACUGUGCACCGUGCAACUCCUGAGGAACUGGUGCGACGGCAUGAGAUGCACAAGUCAAAGAACAAAGCUCAGGUACGUUUGGAAUUGCAAGAGAAAGCAUUAAAGAGUACAUGGAAGAAGCAGAGACCAAGAGUUCCCGAGUCUUUGGAAAAAAAGAAAUUGGCAUUGAUGAGAGAGAUUCUCUCUGAUCAGUACCAUCUGCAGGAUGUCCUGGAGAGAUCUGAUCGAGCCAUGGCUGUGGUGAAGGAUCUGUUUGGAGAUGCCCCUCGCAGGCAUUUAGGCUUCCCAAAUGUGACAGUGGCUCCUGACUGUGAUGUGGAAUCUACUCAAGGACCCAUUAUGCAAAAAUGUGAUGUCCCCACACAGCUUUCCAUUCUUAGCGAGUCUGUCAUGGAUCCCCAGGCUCUCAAUGAAGUAGGAGAAAGUUCUUCAGACUUCCCACUAGAAGGUGAGAACGUCCAGGAAGUAUCGUUCAACUCCAGAUCCAGUACUGAUAUAAACAGGGUGCUUUGCCUUCCGAAAGAGAAGAUCUCUGUGGGUGUUUGCCAAGAAAAGGCUAUUAAGCUACAAGCAAACACCGCCUCAUCACAGGAUGCAAGCAUGCUUGCGACUCCAGAAGCAGGUCUUCCAUCACUGGACUGUGCAGCCCUUAAUGCCACCAAUGUAGUGAAGAGAGUCCAUUCAAGACUGGAGAACGAAGAGCAGAUUGCUGAUAUCACAUACAUUGUGCAGCAAGUCCUGAAUGCCAACCUAAAGAAGCAAAAGCAGAUUUCAGCAAAAGUGAAAAAAACUCAAACUGUGCUGAUGCCAACCAGACAGAAGAGGAGUCACUUGAGCGCUGCUGCAGCUGCCUUUAGCCCUCCAAGCGGCCGUGUGUCCAACCUUGAUAUUUUGAACCAAAUGAUACAUGAUGUGGAGCAGCAAAUGGAGGAAUAUGAGCUGUGGACAGGACAAGAAGUCCAGCAAGCACCCAAUGGUCAUCAUGGGCUCUCUGGAUUUACUUACUCGUUGGUGAAUGCGCUGAGUCGAGUGAUGCAUUAUUUGAAAGAGAGCGAGGCGAGGCUGCGUCAAGAAGCAUUGAACAGGCAGCAGCUCGAAGGAGAAGUGAGUGAACAGCGAGCACUCAUUGAUGCUCUAACGGCUGAAAUCCUCCUUGUGAGAGAAGAGAAUCUUGCUUUGCAGACUAAGCUUCAGCAGUACAUGUUUGUAACGGAUGAACAGUUGACUUCACUCACUCGUGCACUUAAAGGGCUCCCAACUUCAGAAUCUAACAGAAUGAGAAGCCCAGGAGAAACUGGAGGGCUUUCAGUCCGGAGCCCAGAGGCUGUUCAGGGAAAACCUUUUUUAAAUUAUGUUGGACUAACAACAGAUAUCUUCAGUGGUGAAAGGAUGUCUGAACAUUCACAAAGAGACCUUCCCAGUAAAGGCCCAGUGUUACCAAGUCCUCCAAACAGUGCAGGAGUUGGCCAGAAUUUAUCAGCUCCUGUCAUUCAGCCGGUGGUCUUGUUAACUCCGCCACAGCAGAAGAACAGUCAGGCGCCACUUCCUUUUCAGGAUGAAUCCACUGGGAGACAGUCAGCCCAAGAAGACAGGUCUUCUGUCCCAGGCAAAGCACCAAUAAUGCUGCAGGAUGGUGCUCUCUUCCCCCAGAGAGGCAGAUUUCCCAUUGCAACUGGAGCCCCACAGAGCUUUCUACAGCCUGAUGGCCAGCCAGUCAAAAGCGCCUUCUCUGCAGUGGCAAGACCAGGUUUGGGUGGCUUUGCAGAGAGACUAAAUCCUGGCCCACCCAGGAUGUGUGUGCAGGAUGAAGACCUCCAGGGGCAGAUAGCUGAGCUCACAUUCCAGAACUCUGUGAUCAGAGCUCAGCUGAGCAAAUUCCAGCAGUCUCAUCAAGAGGCAGGGGAUAGAUUGGAGCAGCCAAGCCCAACACAGAACACCUCAGGCAAGGAAGAGCAGGAAACCAACCAAGCUGUCAGCAGCUUGAAAGAGCCACCAAAGAGCCUGGACGAGCGAAUAGCAGAGCUGAACCACCAAAGCGCCGAAGCACGCAGCAGGCUGCUGCAGCUGAUCAGUCAGCAGAAACUAGCCAUGUCUGUCUCUCCACCCAUUUCACCGAUUCCUUCGCCUCCUGUUAACUUGAGCAAAACUGGAAGGAGAAAAAUCGAGGUGUCUGUUCCGGUGGCAGAAACUCUGGACAGUUCCAAAGAAGAUUCUCCUUCUGCCACCAGUGGCACCAACACAAGAAGAUGUUCAGGUGCAUCCAGCCAGAGGAGUUUACCACAAAGUGCUACACUAGGAAACGCACCAUUGAUAGCUGAGACUCACAGGCGACAGGCAGAACAGCAGAGAGAAGAAGGCUGGUUUGCCUUAUCAAUGCACACUGGGUAGCACCAUGCCCAAUCGGAUGAAUUUCGGCAUUCAAUUGGUUUUUAUGGUAUUCCUGUACCCUUCUCUAACCCUUUGGGCUAGAAUGUGGAAAAUGUCUAUUAGUCAAUGCCACCCGUGUGCCAGGGUCCCUCCACAUCUCUGUUAUGAGCUUCACAGUUGGAGUUUGUGUCCAUAUCUCCAUUGAACAGGGACUGAAGUCUUGGAUGUUUUUGCCCCAAUUCACUAUUUGCUAUUGACAGCAUUGGGAUCUACUAAGAAGUGUAGCAGGAUGAGCACAGCUCCCCACUGCAAGCUUGUCCCGUUGAAGUUGACCCAACUGGUGUUAAUGGCACUGCUCACAGAGACGGCUUGCCAUGUGCCAUCUUCUCUGAUCUGUUGUACUUGCAGGCAGCAACCACCCAUGUAGGUGGCAGAUUUUUUUAAACUUUGGCCUUGAUACCAAAGUGAUACCUCUUUUGAGCUGUAUACCAAAGAGAACAGCUUCUAGAAAAGUUCCCCAUUGUUCUUGGAGGCUCAUCUCAGUCAUAUCCAGAGGAACACAAAAUGGUGACAUUUACAGUUGAAACUGUGUGCAGUUAAUGGGCUGGAUCCAGUGGAGGAUUUCCAGGGAAGGGGGAUUUUUGCCUGUUUCUCCCAUCUCACUGCAGACUUCCAACUCGCUCUCUUCUCUUCCUGGGUGUUUCCUGUCCCCCCGGAACAGCAUUGGGGGGGGGGUGCAUUUUGGGCCUCAGUAGAAGGGAAACAAAGUAGUUGUACUGCACAGGCAGAAAUCCGUCAGUUGACAUUUCCAGUGGAUCAAAGCCAGUAGUUUUACAUGAUUUUAAUGGUAGUGUCACUGGAAAGCAAGCUGAUUUUAGGGGGACGGGGCUGAUGCUGGGACAACAGUGGGAUUGUGGAAGUGACCUUCUUCCACUCCGGGCAGAGCCUUGGAAUGGAAGGUGUGACUUUUUUCUGGGUCUGGUUCAGCAGUACUUCAUCAUACCUACCGCAGUCUUUUGAUUUGCCCUGUUUUAAAGGACUGGCUACUUUGGGGGAUGUUCUGCUGCCCAUUCACCUUGGAACUUCAGGCACACCAAAUAUAUCUCGAGUGGGAGAGCUGGCCUCCGUUUUCCAGACUGGCCUCGCCUUCCAUCUUCAGAGCCUGUCUCUGCAUGAGAUUUCCCCUUUUAAUUUUGGCCCACGUUUCCCAUUAAGAUGGAGUCAGGAAACCUCCAGUUCCUUCAUCCUGUUCCCUCAAGUUAAUGGAAGCGUGUUCUGUAUUGUACAUAAGAACAUUCUAAUUUGUGGGAGCAGCGUAUGAACUGGAAGGUCAGGGUAUAAACUUGCCAGGCAGAUAGAGGGAUACGUUGGCAUUAUUCCAGCCUCCUUUCAGCAUCUGGGCAAAGAUCGAGCAAAGUAGGUGGCCAGAACAGAAUGCACUUGCUGCGCGCUUUUCCAAGGAGAGAAUCUUCUACUAGAAGGCAGGAUGGCUUUAGUACGGCAUCUCUUCGUUUAAAUGGCAUUGAGGCAGUAUGAAACUGAUUUGUCCUUUAUUACAAUAUUGUUGGGGUUGUAUCUUUUGAUAGUAAUACAAAUAAACUAUAAAUGAGCAGCCCAGUUUGCUCUGAUGUAA